ACCUUAUUCCAACACACAAACACCAAACAACACAGCCACAUACUUCAUUUCCUGUCCUGUCACUCCUUAAUUGUUGCAGCUCCCAUGGCUCGCUUUGGCACUUUUCUGGUUCUAUUCUUGGUUCUCUUUGCAUCUAUGUGUUCAUGUCUAGAAGGAAGAAAGCUUCAUCUUGGUGCAGGCAAGCACAGCAACAAGGUUGACCCAUCUUCAAGGGACAGUUUGUUUCUCAGUUCUCUUCCCAAGGGUACCGUGCCACCUUCUACACCCAGCAAGAAAGGCCAUUCUAUCGAGGUUGAUGAGAAGCUCAUUGCGCGUCAUCUCAUAAGCACUGAACGAGUUCUUCUGCGAUCUGUUCCCAGCCCUGGUGCUGGUCAUUGA